AUGUCACGUGCUGACGAGAAUGUGGAGGAACCAGAAAUCUCAUCCGUGGCUGGCUUGGCCCUCCAGUCCCGCAAGCUCUGGAGCCCCUGGCAACUGCCUCCGUGCCCACAGCCCAGCGGCCACUCGCUGUCUGAGGCCUGCAGAGACCACUUGACUUGUGCUUCUGGGGUUCCUACCGGGCCCUCCAACCUGACAGCCCCCCACAACCUGGCCCAGGAGGAGCCCUCACCAAAGCCUGGCCCCGGGGGGACCCUGACCUCGGACCUCAGUGUCCAGGGACUGCGAGAAGCGCCCGACCUGGGCACCCUGCUGAGAACAACCCCCAUGUGCUCCCCGCCGCCCUCCUGCCCCCCAAUGGAGGGACGGAUCAUGUGCACCAACCGGCACCACCACCUGGCCACCAGCUCCCGGGUCACGGCCACCAGCAGAGAGCAAACACUCAGUUCCCGCCACGUCCGCACCUGGAGCCACAGCAGCCCGAUAACCCCUGGCUCGGGAGGUGCCCAGACUCAGAGUGGGGGGAGGAUCGUUCAGAGCACGGGCCGGGGCCAGGGGGCACCCCGGGUGCUGCCCAAAGAGCUGGGCCGAGCACUGCCUCCUGGGAGCACGUCUCCCCGACCCCAGCUACGCUCCCCCCUGGUGGGAGGGGCAGGUGGCCAGGCCCCCAUCCGGCCGGAGCUGCCUGGGCAGCAGCUACACGAUGAGGCUGUGGGCAGCAGUCAGCACUGGGGCUGCCCUGCAGGGGCCCGAGUGGUGGGGGGCAGCACACACCCCAAAUCCAGGCCCAGGAAUUUGGGAGCCCCCACCCACCAGCCUUCCCUGGCCCUCCGUCUGGAGCUGCAUGAGUGCCCCUGUGAGCGGGAGCUCCCCGAGGGCAGGGGCAGCUCCCACGGAGGCUCCUCGGCAAAGCCCGGGCAGAUGGCCACGGGGGUGUGGGCACAGCCCCUGCUUCUCUGCCUGAACGGGCCGGGCACCCUGAGGCUGGCACAGGAGAUGCCGCCCGAAGGCCGCCUCACUCCUGCUGUGCCUGAAGCAAGCAGCUCAGAGUCAUGGAGACCCCUGGCAAUUGAGGUUUACCCCUCGCCUCGAGUAAACACCGGAGAUGUGUGCAGGGCCCCGGAGGGUGUGUGCCAGCCCCCUGCUCAGAGUGGCCGCUCUCCUCUCCGCGCCAUGCUCGGGCCCCGGCUGCUGCUGCUCCUCUCCUGCGGGGGUGCCCUGCUCAGCGCCGGUCUGGACGACAGCUCCUUGGUGCCCCCAGGCCUCGGGAGGCUGAAGGACUCCCCGCAGACAGCUCCAGACAGGGGCUGGUGCUCUACGUGGGGGGCCGGCCACUUCUCCACCUUCGAUGGCCACGUGUAUGAUUUCUCGGGGACCUGCAACUACAUCUUUGCGGCCAUGUGCAAGGAUGCCUCGUCCACCUUCAGCGUGCAGCUACGGCGAGGACCGAGCGGGAACAUCUCCCGAGUCAUCGUGGAGCUGGGGACCUCUGUGGUCACUGUGCAGAAGGCGGUCAUCUCCAUCAAGGAUGUGGGGGUCAUCAGCCUGCCCUACACCAGCAAUGGGCUCCAGAUCACACCCUUCGGCCAGAGCGUGCGGCUGGUGGCCAAGCAGCUGGAGCUGGAGCUGGUGGUCAUAUGGGGUCCGGGCGCCCACCUCAUGGUCCUGGUGGAGAAGAAGCACAUGGGCAAGAUGUGUGGGCUGUGUGGGAACUUUGACGGCAAGAAGGCCAAUGAGUUUCUGAGCAAGGAUGGCCAACUCCUGGAACCCCCUAAGUACGCCGCCCUCCAGAAGCUGGAUGACCCCAACGAGAUCUGUGCCUAUGAGGCCAUCCCCAGCCCCCGGGUCCCGCAGGCAGAGAACGCCGAGACCUGCAUCCAGCUGCUGACCCUGGUAUCCCCCGAGUGCAACGUGCCCAAGGAGCCCUUCCUGCUAAGCUGCCAGGCGGACAUGGCCACGUGUGCCCAGCCCGGCCGGCACCACUGCAGCUGCGCCACGCUAUCCGAGUACUCGCGCCAGUGCAGCAUGGCCGGCCAGCCCGUCAACAGCUGGCGGGGCCCUGGCCUCUGUUCUGUGGGCCAGUGCCCAGCCAACCAGGUAUACCGGGAGUGCGGCGAGACCUGCGUGCGGACCUGCUCCAACCCGCAGCACAGCUGCUCCAGCUUCUGCACAUUUGGCUGCUUCUGCCCGGAAGGUAUGGUUCUGGACGACAUCUCCAAAAACCACAGCUGCGUGCCUGUCCCCCAGUGCCCCUGCAUGCUCAGCGGGGUGGUCUACGCCCCUGGGGAGGUCACGACAGCCGCCUGCCAGACCUGCCAGUGCUCUGGGGGCCACUGGGAGUGCGUGGAGCAGCCCUGCCCCAGGCGCUGUGCCCUGGAGGGCGGCUCCUUCGUCACCACAUUCGACGCCAGGCCCUACCGCUUCCACGGCACCUGUACCUACAUCCUCCUCCAGAGCCCCCAGCUCCCCGACGGGGGCUCGCUCAUGGCCGUGUACGACAAGUCUGGGUACUCGCACUCGGAGACAUCGCUGGUCGCUGUCAUCUACAUGUCCAGCCAGGACAAAAUUGUGAUUUCUCAGGACGAGGUGAUCACCAACGACGGGGACACCAAGUGGCUGCCGUAUAAGACUCGCAACAUCACGGUCUUCAGGCAGACAUCCACCCACAUCCAGAUGGUCACCACCUUCGGGCUGGAGCUCGUGAUCCAGCUGUGGCCGUUGUUCCAGGUGUACGUCACUGUCGGGCCCCAGUUCAGAGGCCAGACCAGAGGGCUCUGCGGCAACUUCAACGGGGACACGACGGACGACUUCACGACCAGCAUGGGCAUCACCGAGGGCACCGCCUCACUCUUCGUGGACUCCUGGCGGGCAGGGAACUGCCCAGCCGCGCUCGAGCGUGAGACCGACCCCUGCUCCAUGAGCCAGCUCAACAAGGUGUGCGCGGAGACCCACUGCGCGGUGCUGGUGAAGAAGAGCACAGUGUUCGAGAAGUGCCAUGCCGCCGUGGACCCCAAGCCCUUCUACAAGAGGUGCGUGUACCAGGCCUGCAACUACGAGGAGACCUUCCCGCACAUCUGCGCCGCCCUGGGCGACUACGCCCUCGCAUGCACCUCGCGGGGCAUCCUGCUCCAGGGCUGGAGGGGCAGCGUGGACAAUUGCAGCACCCCUUGCACAGGCAACCAGACGUUCAGCUACGACAGCCAGGCCUGUGGCCGCACGUGCCUGUCUCUGUCUGACCACGAGGUCGAGUGCCACCCCAGCGCCGUGCCCGUGGACGGCUGCAACUGCCCCGAGGGCACCUACCUGAACCACAGGGCUGAGUGUGUGCAUAAGGCCCAGUGUCCCUGCCUCCUGGACAGCUCCAAGUUCAUCCUGGCCAACCAGUCCACCAUGGUCAAUGGUGUCAUCUGCUACUGCGUCAACGGGCGGCUGAGCUGCCCAGCACAGCCUCAGAUGCUCUUGGCAACCUGCUCAGCCCCCAAGACGUUCCAGUCCUGCAGCCAGUCCUCGGAGGACAAGUUCGGGGCAGCCUGCGCUCCCACCUGUCAGAUGCUGGCCACCGGCACCCCCUGUGUGCCCACCAAGUGUGAGCCUGGCUGUGUCUGUGCCAAGGGGCUCUACGAGAACGCCAGCGGGCAGUGCGUGCCCCCCGAGGAGUGCCCGUGCGAGUUUGCAGGCGUCUCCUAUCCCCAGGGCGCCGAGCUCCACACGGACUGCAAGAGCUGCAUCUGCUCUAGAGGGACGUGGACAUGCCAACAGAGUGCCCACUGCCCAUCCACCUGCACCCUCUACGGGGAGGGCCACGUGGUCACCUUCGAUGGGCAGCGCUUCGUGUUUGAUGGCAACUGCGAGUACAUCCUGGCCACAGACAGCUGCGGUGCCAGCGACUCGCAGCCCACCUUCAAGGUCCUUACAGAGAAUGUCGUGUGUGGGAGGUCGGGCGUCACCUGCUCGCGGGCCAUCAAGGUCUUCCUGGGGGGCCUGUCCAUCAUGCUGGCGGACAGGAACUACACGGUCAGCGGGGAGGACCGCGGCGUGCACUUCCGGGUCAAGGCCAGCUCCCUGCACCUGGUGCUGGAAGCCACCAUCAGCAGCACGUACAACCUGACCCUCAUCUGGAACAAGCACAUGACUGUCUUCAUCAAGAUCGCCCGUGCCUCCCAGGACCCCCUCUGCGGCUUGUGCGGCAACUACAAUGGGAACAUGAAGGACGACUUCCAGACACGCAGCAAGUACUUGGCGUCCAGCGAGCUGGAGUUCGUGAACUCCUGGAAGGAGAGCCCGCUGUGCGGGGACACCUCCUUCACGCUGGACCCCUGCAGCCUCAACACCUUCCGUCGCUCCUGGGCUGAGCGCAAGUGCAGCAUCAUCAACAGCCAGACCUUCGCCGCCUGCCACGGCCAGGUGUACCGCCUGCCUUACUAUGAGGCCUGCGUGCACGACACGUGUGGGUGUGACAGCGGCGGGGACUGCGAGUGCCUGUGUGACGCUGUGGCCGCCUACGCCAAGGCCUGCCUGGACAAGGGCGUGUGCGUGGACUGGCGGUCCCCAGACUUCUGCCCCGUCUACUGCGACUUCUACAACACCCACACGCAGGCAGGCGGCGGCAAGUACCAGUACGCCCGGGAGGCCAACUGCACAUGGCAUUACCAGCCGUGCCUCUGCCCCGCGUGGCCGCAGAGCAUCCCAGGCACCAACAUCGAAGGCUGCUACAACUGCUCCCAGAACGAGUACUUCGACCACGACAAGGGGAUGUGCUUGCCAUGCAAGCAGGGACCUCCUGGGAGUUCAGCAGCAGGCGGCCUGGUGGGCACUGGACACUACUUGCAGCUACCCUUGGGCAGCACCCCAGCUGGCCCCUCCACUCCCUGCCGGGCCAUCAAUGCAGAGCGUCGUCACCCACCGUGCCGCUGCCCACAGCAGGUGACUGCACACACGCAAGGUGCCAAGCGGCAGCAGCCAGGCUUGCGGGUGUGGGCGGGGCAGGGUGUAGCUGGGCUGGCCCUGGGCUGCUCGGCACCGUGGGGGCAGCAGCCUUCCGGCUACGCCAACGGCCACAGCUACAGCCCCCACCACCCAGACACAACCAACAGUCCCCUCAGGAGAUUCGCCUCGAACCACCUCCAACGUCACCACACGGGCCACAUCGGCGCCAGCCACCACGGCCACUCGAAGGCCGAGAGCCACGGCACCCACCGUGACCCAGGCCACAAUGAAGCCCACAGGAUCCUCCCGCAACACAGCCACGCGGUCCACAGCUCGGUCCACGGCACGAACCACAGCAGCUCUGCCAACCCCAGCAACAUCAGGGACCUCCACAGUGUCCCCUGCAACCCCACCACUGACAAAGACCACAACAGGGACCUCCACACCCACAGCCCUGCCACUGACCAAGACCACAACAGGGACCUCCACACCCACAGCCCCGCCACUGACCAAGACCACAACAGGGACCUCCACACCCACAGCCCUGCCACUGACCAAGACCACAACAGGGACCUCCACACCCACAGCCCCGCCACUGACAAAGACCACAACAGGGACCUCCACACCCACAGUCCCGCCACUGACAAAGACCACAACAGGGACCGCCACACCCACAACCCGGCCACUGACAAAGACCACAACAGGGACCUCCACACCCACAGCCCCGCCACUGACCAAGACCACAAUAGGGACCGCCACACCCACAGCCCUGCCACUGACCAAGACCACAACAGGGACCACCACACCCACAGUCCCGCCACUGACAAAGACCACAACAGGGACCGCCACACCCUCAGCCCCACCACUGACAAAGUCCACAACAGGGACCACCACACCCAGAACCCCGCCACUGACAAAAAUCACAACGGAAACCACCACAACCAGAACAUCACCACUGACACAGAGCGCAAGAGGGACCAUCACACCCACAGCCCCGCCACUGACAAAGACCACAACAGGGACCGCCACACCCACAACCCCGCCACUGACAAAGACCACAACAUGGACCUCCACACCCACAAGCACAACAGGGACCUCCACACCCACAGCCCUGCCACUGACCAAGACCACAACAGGGACCUCCACACCCACAGCCCCGCCAUUGACCAAGACCACAACAGGGACCUCCACACCCACAGCCCUGCCACUGACCAAGACCACAACAGGGACCACCACACCCAGAACCCCGCCACUGACCAAGACCACAACAGGGACCACGCGAGCCCAGAACUCGACCACAACAUGGACCACCACACCCACAACCCUGCCACUGACAAAGACCACAACAGGGACCGCCACACCCACAGCCCCGCCACUGACAGGGACCACCACACCCAGAACAUCACCACUGACAAAGACCACAACAGGGACCGCCACACCCACAGCCCCGCCACUGACAAAGACCACAAUAGGGACCACCACACCCACAGCGCCGCGACUGACAAAGACCACAAUAGGGACCGCCACACCCACAGCCCUGCCACUGACAAAGACCACAACAGGGACCGCCACACCCACAGCACCGCGACUGACAAAGACCACAAUAGGGACCGCCACACCCACAGCCCCGCCACUGACAAAGACCACAACAGGGACCACCACACCCACAACCCCGCCACUGACAAAGACCACAACAGGGACCGCCACACCCACAGCCCCACCAAUGACAACGACCACGACAGGGACUUCCACACCCCCAGCCCCACCACUGACAAGGACCACAACAGGGACCGCCACAACCACGGCCCCGCCACUGACCAAGACCACAACAUGGACCGCCACACCCAGAUCCCCGCCACUGACAAAGACCACAAGAGAGACCGCCACACCCACACCACCAUCAUGCCCGUCAGGUCCUCCCUCUCACCCUCAUCCUCUCCUACCCUGUCCCCUCUCCCCACUUCCAGUACCAUAGUCCUAUCUACAUCCCGGACCACAGCCAGUAACCCCACCUCCUCAGCUCUGUCCUCUCGGUCCACUACCUCACAGUCCACCUCUCUCACAACCCGAGUCCCCACGCAGGGCCUCCUGUCUUCUACCCUGGGAGUGACAGCCAUCCCAAAUUCUCCAGCCACCAACCUCACCACCAGACAGCCAAGUACCACCAGGCUGCCGGCCACCGUAUUCCUGACCAGCUCCAUCACUGCGCAUGGAAUCUCCUCCUUUCCCACUGCCGGGUCCUUUUCCACCAGGGGCCAAUCCAUCUCCUCUCUUGUCACAUCUCUACCCAGCUCUCCAGGGACCUGCAGAGUGAGGGAGUUUGAGGAAGAGGUCACUUACCAGGGGUGCACGGCCAACGUGACGGUGACCCGCUGCGAGGGCGUCUGCGCCUCCUCAGCCAGCUUCAACACUGACACCAUGCAAGUGGACACCAACUGUAGCUGCUGCCGCCCCCUCAGCUCCCAUAAGAAGCGGCUCGUGCUGCCCUGCCCGGACCCCAGGGUGAGGGGACAGCAGCUGAUGCUCACGCUGCAGGUAUUCAGCAGCUGCACGUGCCGCUCCCAGCGCUGCGGAGACUAG